CGGCGGAGCCGCGGGACGUCUCGCAAGAUGGCGGCGCCCCUGGACAUGGAGCCCUCAGCCCUCAGCCUGGAGCUGCUGCCGACCGACCCGCUGCUGCUCAUCCUCAGCUUCCUCGACUACCGGGAUCUGAUGAGUUGCUGCUAUUUAAGUCGAAGAUUAAAUCAGCUUUCAAGCCAUGAUCCCUUGUGGAAAAGACACUGCAAGAAAUACUGGCUUAUUUCAGAAGAGGAAAAAAGUCAACGAAAUCAGAGUUGGAAAGCCAUCUUCAUCAGUACCUACUCUGACCUAGGAAGAUACAUCCGAUACUAUGCUACAUUGAAAAAAGCCUGGGAUGACCUAGAGAAAUACUUAGGACAGCGGUGUCCUCGGAUGAUUGGUUCUUUGAAAGAGAGCGUGCGGGAGGAAGAUCUAGAUGCUGUGGAAGCACAAAUAGGUUGCAAACUCCCUGAUGACUAUCGGUGUUCAUUUCGUAUUCAUAAUGGACAGAAGCUAGUUGUUCCUGGUUUGAUGGGAAGCAUGGCACUGUCGAACCACUACCGCUCUGAAGAUUUGUUGGAUAUCGACACAGCGGCUGGAGGUUUUCAGCAGAGGCUAGGUCUGAAACAAUGCCUUCCUCUUACUUUUUGCAUUCAUACUGGCCUGAGUCAAUACAUGGCCCUGGAGAGUGUGGAGGGACGAAAUAAAUACGAGAUCUUCUAUCAAUGUCCAGAUCAAAUGGCUCGCAAUCCAUCUGCUAUUGAUAUGUUCAUUACAGGUACAUCUUACCUGGAAUGGUUUACCUCCUAUGUAAACAAAGUUGUAACUGGUGGUUAUCCUAUCAUCAGAGACCAGAUUUUCAGGUAUGUGCAUGAUAAAGAAUGUGUUGCUACCACAGGAGAUAUUACUGUUUCUGUGUCCACAUCUUUUCUACCUGAACUCAGUUCUGUGCAUCCACCGCAUUAUUUCUUCACUUACAGAAUCAGAAUUGAAAUGUCCAAAGAUGCUCUUCCUGAGAAGGCUUGUCAGCUGGACAGUCGGUACUGGAGAAUAACAAAUGCCAAAGGUGACGUAGAAGAAGUUCAGGGUCCUGGAGUAGUUGGGGAGUUUCCAAUUAUCAGUCCAGGGAGAGUCUAUGAAUAUACCAGCUGUACUACCUUUUCCACAACAUCUGGAUAUAUGGAGGGGUAUUAUACCUUCCAUUGCCUCUACUACAAGGACAAAUUCUUUAAUGUCACAAUUCCCAGAUUUCAUAUGGUGUGUCCAACAUUCAAGGUGUCUACGGCACGAAUGGAAACAAAUCAUAAUGAAUAUGCAGUGGAUGAAGACGAAGAUUCCACAGACACUGACGAAUAUGAAGAUCGACGUAGAGUGUUGGACAUUCCUGCACCUUCUGGACGCUGCCCACGUCAUACCUGAUGGGAUUUUUUUCAAAACAAACUGUUUUCAGAAGCUGAACUCUUUGGGGCUAGUGCAUAAGAAUAUUUCUGACUAUUGUAAAUGAACUUUCUGUUGCACAUCAGGGCAACUAGCAUGAAUGUUGGUGCCAGUUCUAAUAUUCAUCAGAGUAUAACUUU